GACACAUGGUACGAGUUCCGCGUUCUGGCUGUCAUGCAGGACCUCAUCAGUGAACCCAGCAACAUUGCCGGCGUAUCCAGCACGGACAUAUUUCCCCAGCCAGACUUGACAGAUGAAGGUUUGGCCCGGCCUGUGUUGGCAGGAAUUGUUGCCACCAUUUGCUUCCUUGCAGCUGCCAUCCUGUUCAGCACACUAGCUGCCUGCUUCGUCAACAAGCAACGCAAACGCAAACUCAAACGCAAGAAAGACCCUCCUCUCUCAAUAACCCACUGCAGGAAGAGUCUGGAAUCGCCGUUGUCCUCUGGCAAGGUGAGCCCCGAGAGCAUCCGCACUCUUCGGCCCCCCUCAGAGUCUUCUGACGAUCAAGGCCCUCCGGCCAAGCGUAUGCUGAGCCCCAGCAAGGAGAAGGAGCUGUCUCUUUACAAGAAGACCAAGCGAGCCAUCAGCAGUAAGAAAUACAGCGUUUCCAAGGCUGAGGCGGAAGCCGAGGCAACCACCCCUAUUGAGCUCAUCAGCCGUGGGCCCGAUGGCCGUUUUGUCAUGGACCCUUCAGAAAUGGAGCCUUCGCUCAAGACCCGCCGGAUAGAGGGCUUCCCCUUUGUGGAGGAGACAGACAUGUACCCAGAGUUCCGCCAGUCAGAUGAAGAAAACGAUGACCCAGUGAUGCCCUCCUCUGUGACAGCCCUCAAGUCCCAAUUGACACCUCUCUCCUCCAGCCAGGAGUCUUACCUUCAGCCACCAGCAUACAGUCCCAGAUUCCACCGGGGCAUAGAGGGGACAGGUGCCCUGGAGAGCCGCCUCCAAGCCACUGGUCAGGCUAGGCCUCCCGCUCCCAGGCCAUUCCAUCAUGGCCCGUAUUAUGGUUACCUCAGCAGCAGCAGUCCAGGGGAGAUGGACCCUCCACCUUUCUACAUGCCAGAGGUCAGCCCUCUCAGUUCUGUCAUGUCCUCUCCACCUCUGCACCCCGAAGGGCCCUUUGGACAUCCUACUAUCCCGGAGGAGAAUGGAGAGAAUGCUUCCAACAGCACACUGCCCCUGACUCAGACUCCAACAGGGGGACGGUCUCCCGAGCCAUGGGGCAGGUCUGAGUUCCCUUUCAGUGGUCUAGAGUCUUCGCCCAUCAUGUUUCCUCACCAGCUCCAUCAGUGUGAAAUGAUUGAGAGCGUGCAGCCAAAGGCCAGUCUUCCUAGGGGACCACCACCUUCCUCUCUCCAGGUCCCGGCAUCCUAUCCUGGCAUUCUGGCCCUGGAGGCACCAAAGAGUUGGACUGGCAAGUCACCAAGCAGGAGCCAACCCUCUGUGCCCACCGCCACCAAAUGGCAGGACAAACCUAUGCAACCAAUGGCGAGCCAAGGGCAGCUAAGACAUACCAGUCAAGGCAUGGGCAUACCUGUGUUGCCUUACCACGGGCCAUCCGAGUCAGUCAGCCACAGUGGCACAAGCACAUUCGGCCUGGAUACCAGGUGGUAUGACCCCCAACCUAGACCUCGGCCCAGCCCUCGGCAAGUCAGGAGGGCUGAGCCCAGUUUACAUCAGGUGGUGCUACAACCUUCAAGGCUUUCCCCCUUGACCCAGAGCCCCCUCAGCUCCCGCAACAGCUCCCCGGAGCUGACAGCACGUGCCAGACCGCGGCCAGGCCUCAUCCAGCAGGCGGAAAUGUCUGAAAUCACUCUGCAGCCUCCGGCAGCGGUCAGCUUCUCCCGCAAGUCCACUCCAUCAACGGGAUCUCCUGCCCCGAGCAGCCGAGGAGGGAGCCCCAGCUUCCGUCCUGCCAUGGCUUUCACCUCGUUGGCCACUGGUUACCCUCCCACUCAAUGCCCCUCCCUGCCUGUAGAGCCAAUGGAUGUCUUCGGACCAAUUCCCUCACCGAGGAGGGCCGGGGAGGAGGUUCUUAGGCCAGAGCCAACGGCGACAACCAGUUCCGGAAAACGUCCAUCUCCAACCCGGAACGCUGCUGCACCUGAGAGGCUCGAAGCUCUGAAAUACCAGCGGAUAAAGAAGCCCAAAAAGCCAUCCAAGGGCUCCUCGAAAUCCAAAAAACAGAUCAAUGGUUCUGCUUCCCAGGUUCAGCAACAUCCUAACUCUCAGGUACUGUGGCCCGAUGAAGCUGUCUGUCUGCGAAAGAAGAAGCGACACCCUCGCCAGGACCCCUUUGCCCGCCUCUCAGCACUGAAGGAUGACCUCUGCCACAGGCAGGUCCCCGAGGAUCAGACAGCCAUUCUCAACAGUGUGGACCAUGACGAUUCCAGUGGGCAUGCGACCUUACUUUAG